AUGGCCUUGAAAAUGCAUGGUGCGGGUGAUCGAUCCAAUGAAAAGCCAGGACAGGAUGAAUACAAGCCGUCUGAAGAUGCCAGAACUGCAGGUUUCAGCAUUCACCCAGAUGAACUUGCAUCUAUCACGCGUGGCCGUGAUAUUAAGGCCUUGAAAAUGCAUGGUGGAAUUCAUGGGAUUUUAAGGAAAGUCUCUGUCUCGCUAGAUGAAGGUGUCAAGGAUAGUAACAUACCAAUCAGGCAAAAUGUUUAUGGCUUAAACCGCUAUACGGAGAAACCUCCUGGAACAUUUUUUAUGUUUGUAUGGGAAGCCCUACAAGACUUAACAUUAAUUAUCCUUCUGGUAUGCGCUGUGGUUUCAAUAGGAGUUGGAAUUGCCACUGAGGGGUGGCCAAAAGGCAUGGACGAUGGUGUGGGAAUUCUAAUUAGUAUAGUUUUAGUGGUUAUGGUUACUGCCAUUAGUGACUACAGACAGUCAUUGCAAUUCAAGGAUUUGGACAGGGAGAAGAAAAAGAUUUUCGUUCAGGUCACUAGGGAUAAAAAAAGACAAAAAGUUUCCAUUUAUGACUUGGUUGUUGGAGAUAUUGUGCAUUUGUCAAUUGGGGACCAAGUUCCAGCUGAUGGAUUUUUCAUAUCAGGAUACUCUUUACUGAUUGAUGUGUCAAGCUUGUCAGGUGAGAGUGAGCCGGUGCAUGUAUAUGAAGAGAAGCCUUUUCUUCUUUCAGGAACUAAAGUGCAGGAUGGGUCAGGUAUAAUGCUGGUGACAACAGUUGGUAUGAGAACUGAAUGGGGAAAGUUGAUGGAAACUCUGAGUGAAGGAGAAGAAGAUGAGACCCCACUGCAGGUAAAGCUGAAUGGUGUUGCUAGAAUUAUUGGUAAAAUUGGUCUGACUUUUGCUGUGUUGACAUUUUUGGUAUUGGCAGUAAGAUUUUUGGUGGAAAAAAUACUUAACAACGAGAUCACUGAUUGGUCUUCAACCGAUGCAGUAAUCCUAUUGAACUACUUUGCCAUUGCAGUAACUAUAAUUGUUGUUGCAGUUCCCGAAGGAUUACUAUUGGCAGCGACUCUGAGCCUUGCUUUUGCUAUGAAAAAAUUAAUGAAUGAUAGGGCACUCGUAAGGCAUCUCUCAGCAUGUGAGACAAUGGGUUCUGCUAAUUGCAUCUGCACAGAUAAAACAGGGACAUUAACCACAAACCACAUGGUAGUUAACAAGAUAUGGAUAUGUGAAAAUCUUUUGGAUGUAAGAGGUAAUGAGAGUAGAGAAAUAUUGAGAUCAGAAAUAUCUGGAGCAUCAAGCAUCCUUUUACAGGUUAUAUUCCAAAAUACAAGCUCUCAGGUUAUUAAGGAAGAUGGAAAGACCUCCAUUUCGGGGACACCAACAGAGUCAGCAUUAUUAGAAUUUGGUUUACUUUUGGGUGGCGAUUUUGAUGCCGUGCGCAGAGAGGUUAAUAUUCUUAAGGUUGAACCUUUCAAUUCUGUGAGGAAGAAAAUGUCUGUGCUUGUAGCUAAUCCUCAUGGUGAGAAACAAGCCUUUUGCAAAGGUGCAUCAGAAAAAGUACUGGGAAUGUGUAACAAAUUUAUUGACUUUAAAGGAGAAUCUGUCAUUCUCUCCCCAGAACAGGAAAAGAAUAUCACGGAUGUCAUUAAUUCUUUUGCUUCUGAAGCCUUGAGAACUCUCUGCUUGGCUUUCAAAAAUAUAGAUGACUCUUCCAUUGAAAAUGACAUCCCAGAUGAUGGCUAUACAUUGAUAGCAGUUGUCGGUAUCAAGGAUCCUGUGCGCCCUGGGGUCAAGGAUGCAGUUCAAACUUGUUUAGCUGCUGGAAUAACAGUACGAAUGGUCACUGGUGACAAUUUAAAUACGGCUAAAGCCAUAGCUAAAGAAUGUGGCAUACUCACAGAAGAUGGUUUAGCCAUAGAAGGACAGGAGUUUUGUAACAUGUCUCUUGAGCAGAAGAAAGCUGUUAUACCGAGAAUUCAGGUGAUGGCUCAGUCUUUACCGUUGGAUAAGCACACCUUGGUAAAAACUCUGAGAGAUGAAUUUGGUGAGGUAGUUGCAGUGACUGGCGAUGGGACCAAUGACGCUCCUGCUUUGCACGAGGCAGACAUUGGACUUGCUAUGGGCAUAGCAGGAACAGAGGUUGCCAAGGAAAGUGCUGAUGUCAUCAUAUUGGAUGACAAUUUUAAGACUAUAGUAAAUGUGGCCAGAUGGGGACGUUCAGUGUACGUAAACAUUCAGAAGUUUGUGCAGUUCCAGUUGACAGUUAACGUUGUUGCUCUAAUAAUCAAUUUUGUUUCUGCAUGUGUCUCAGGAUCUGCUCCCCUUACCCCUGUGCAAUUGCUUUGGGUCAACAUGAUUAUGGACCCUCUUGGGGCAUUGGCACUGGCAACAGAGCCUCCAAAUGAUGGACUUAUGAAAAGGCCCCCUGUUGGGAGGGGUUCAAGCUUCAUAACCAAGGCCAUGUGGUGGAAUAUCAUUGGCCAGAGUAUAUAUCAACUGAUUGUCCUUGGAGUUCUCAAUUUCUAUGGGAAACAGCUACUUGGACUUUCUGGUUCAGAUGCAACUGAAGUUCUAGACACUGUGAUAUUCAACGCAUUUGUGUUUUGCCAGGUGUUUAAUGAGAUAAACUGCCGUGACAUAGAGAAGAUAAACAUAUUCGUGGGCAUGUUUGACAGCCAGGUAUUCCUAGGCAUCAUGGUUUGCACAGUGGCCUUCCAAGUUAUUAUAGUAGAGUUCUUGGGAGCUUUUGCUAGCACUGUUCCACUAAGCUGGCAACUAUGGUUACUCUGCAUUUUACUUGGAUCAGUUAGCAUGCUUGUUGCAGUUGUGCUCAAGAACCCUCGCAUGAGGUUCCGCUUCGUCGCCGAUCUCGAUAAACGGUCCGAGGCCGACAAGAAGCGUCAAAUCCAGAUGCCCCUUCAUUCUGUCCCAGGCUCAUCAACCACAACCUCCUUUGCUGAUCCAGAAUUGGCAGAAUUUGAAGCUAUGGACCUGGAUGCUCAGCUGCAGAGGAUUGAAAACCUAGGAGCCACUCCAAGCAAAGCCAAGUUCAGAGCAGUGGAUGAGGCGGUGGACAGAAUAAAAAUCUGGCAGUCGGCUGAGUUGGAUCUAGAUGAGAACAAAGAAAUUAUUGAUCAACUAAUGAAAGAUCUGGACCUGCUGCACAGGGAGAACAUGGCUCCUCGACCUAUUCUUGAGAUUAGCCUGGGUCUGGCCAAAGAUGUAAUCAAACUUCACAACCGAUAUGAAGAUCUCAUACCCUCCUUUAGUGCUUCUGAAUUCUGCAAGGCUACACAUGAAGCCAACAUGGUAGACUAUCAGAAGCAGAAGUCAAAACUGGAAGUAUUGGUUGCAGACUACAAGGAGACUAAAUCUGCCGCUGAUAAUCUGGAGAAGCACAUUGAGGACCUCAAGAAGCAACUAGCUGCACUGAGGGAGAGGCAAAAGAAUAUUGGAGCUGGAUUAGGUGCGAAGACCAAGUCCACCUUCCUUGUGCAGAGCAUGGUUUCAGCUUCAAGGCAUGAACUAGAGAUUGCAGAGGUCUCCAUUCAUCAAGGAGUGCUUCUCCAGAAGGAGAUCUCCAUUAAGAAGGCCGGAUUGCAGGAGACUCUCAAGAAACUAGGCCUUUAG